AUGGGAGUGAAGGAAGAAGCUGUGGGAUCGAGCUCGCAAACGCCGCGGCUGGGGAAGAACACUGUCACCACCGGCGCCGGAUCAUCGGCGUCGAUGCCCCAGCCGACCCACUCCUCUGCCAUGGUUGCUGGAAGCAAGAAGAAGAAGCUGUCAUCUUCAGGUGCACCUGCAGGUAGCGGCAUCCACUCCAAGGAUCAUAACGGUGAUCCAAUGUUCAACCAGGAUGACAUUCACAAGAUCUUGGCCGACAAGGGCCUCAAAGACAUUGUGGAGGAAGAUCCUAAGAGAGUCCGAGGCAUCCUCAAUAACCGGAGAAAUUCAAAUAAGUCUUCCAAGAAGAGGAAGGCCUACUUGUCCAACCUUGAGCAUAAGGUCGACCUACUGCAGCAGCAGAAAAAUUCACUGUCUGCAGAAGUGAUUUCACUACAGGUUUGA